CACGCGACGCGUUCAGAACGAGAAAACGGAAAACGGAGUGUGGAGACUGUAGAAAAUUAAUAAAAAAAAAAAAGACUGAAAGACUUGAAGACUCUUCUUGUGGUCAAGGAUGACCGAACCCUCGAGUGGCGGUGAAGUGCAAGCAUAAACAAACAGAAAAAUCGACAGAAUAGCAAUCGGUGGAGUCAUAUAUUUUUGUUUCGGUGCCUCACAGUUCAGUGGAUAUAAGAAGACCUCACCCUAGACAGCUGUGAAGCGAACAAAUUUUCUUUUUGUAACGCCGCGCAUAUGGUUCAUUAAAAGUGUGGCAGAACUUUGGCACUGGCGACAAGAAGCCAACAACGAACAACGAGCGACGACGACCUGUGGCAAUGCUCGGGCAAAUUGUGCGGGUAAUUUCCAGCUCGGCUUAAUUUGGUUUUGGCCUAAGCCAAAUGGGCAUGUGCACCGUUCGCCGCUGUCAUUCGAAAGUUGCCCCUGCGUGACACACAUUCGGAGCAUUAGUGUUGGACGGUCGCUGGCAGACAAGUUGGAGCGCUGCCCUGCCGCAUCUGGGAUCCAUCGAUAUACCAAGGGGGACCACGAGUCGGGGGACUCCUCGCCGGCCCAAGUCCAAAGUCGGCUCUGCUGCAUUAUUCAUGCUCUUCGGCGGCAUCCACGCAACGGGAACGACCGAAGAUGACGCUGCGCUUACUCAGCAUAUUAUCGGCGGCAUUACUUCUGCUCUGGCCCGCACAGCUGGACGCGUUUAUCACGCCGAAUACAGGCUGCCAUCACAAUGGCACUUGGUUCGCGGACAAAUCUGUGGUUCCGAGCAUGGAGAAAUGCCUCAACUGCCAGUGUAACCGGAAGACGCUGGUGUGUCGCCUGAAGGUCUGUCCCGAAAUGCCCAUGCCGCCGCCCAGGGGUUGUGUGGUGGUCCAGAAGAAGAGCACCUGUUGCCCAUAUCUCUCCUGCGCAAGAUUGGAUGCCUUCUACAAAAUACCCACCAAGCGCCGCAUCAUCGCCUAUUUGGAUCACUACGAGAGGGAGUCCAUCGAUCGGGUGGUGAACGACAAUAUGCUGCAAAGGCGCUCAGAUGAUUCCGACACGGAUCUGUUUGUCUGUGUGAAGAAUGGAACUGUCUAUAAGUCGGGCUCUGCUAUGUCGUCCUCGAAUUUGUGCAGCUACUGCUAUUGCAUAGGCGGCACCGAGAAAUGCGUGAAGCCGAAAUGCAUGCUGCCCGUGGAGGGAUGCAAACCCAUAUUCGUGGAUUCCACCUGUUGUCCUGUGAGAUAUGAUUGCAGCAGUAAAACCUCCGGAAAGUCCUCGCAGGAAGUGCGCUACAGGAAGACCUCGAACAAGCACUUCCAGCGGAUGUCGCAGCGCCUGCAGCGCAAUCGAGGCUGCACUGUAGGAGCCCAGUUCUACGCGGAGGGUCAGAAGAUGAGAUCGGAUGUGGACAGGCCCUGCGACAUAUGCUUCUGCAUCCGAGGAACGCGACGGUGUGCCCCGAAGAAGUGCUCGCCGGCUCUGAAGAACUGCAUUCCAGUGGUGCCCAAGGGUCAGUGCUGUCCAUCCAGCUACGACUGCGGCAGUCAGCGGGAUUAUCGCAGAUCGCACAACUCCAGGCAGUUUAAUCUUUACAACAUGCUCUUUGGCAAGGAGGAACCUCUGGAGCAACAGGAUCCAGCUCUAAUACCCCAAAAUUCGAUGGCCGAGAGAUACCCUCACGAUCGUCAUCCCACGAGAGCAGCUGCGGGGAAUCCCCUGGAGGCCAGUAGUGAGAAGAGCAUAAUGGACACCCUUCGGGAAGGUCUCGAAUUCAUAGAUGGUAAUAACAACAAAAUGCUGGCAAACAAUUUGGAUCUUGUUGGCAUAAGAACCACCCAGGCACCACCUUUGAUGAGGACGGAACCCAAUGAAGAGGGCAGCAGCACUAAUACUCUGAGUUUCCUGGACUUGCUUUUGGGUCCCACCACGGAACACGAGGAGACUAGGCAACCUGAAUCGACAACGGUUAAGAACACACUCUCCUGGAUGGAUAUUCUUCUGGGACCCGAUGAGGAGGAGCUGAGCCCCAAAACAGAAGCCUAUUCGGAGACUAGUACUACUCUGAACCAACCCGAGGAAAUGAUGCCUUCAACAAAUAGUAUAAAACGCAUUGCAGAGGACUUCGAUGAACAGUUGGACAAUGGAGAAAUGGCGGUGGGUGAACUGCCAGCAGAGGCCCAGCAAAUUGGUUUGUCGAAUGCCGGAAUUUGGCCAACACCAGCCUCGGAUGUCAUGCCCCCACCAAAAGAGGAACCCAGUUUCUUUAACGCCUUUAUGGAUGGCUUGUCUGGUAUGCUCGAAGAACCACUCAAUCACACAUCGACAACGACCACAACCACAUCCACUGAGAGACCAACCACUGUGCAUGCACCACCCAUGUUCCGACCGUUGCCGAGUGGAAAGCCAAUUCACACGCGUAUAAACUCGAAACUGGCCAACCUCACGGUGACACCGCCCAUGUUGGUGGUGACCAGCAAGUAUGGUCAGCCGGUGACCCACAGAACAGCGGAUAAGAGGGUCAACGCAACCACUGGCACCACAAUAGUCAAAAGCACAGGCAAGCCAAGUGUCGGCACCACCCAGCGAACAAUACUGGAUACUAAUGUAAAAUCCACAACAAAACCAAGUACUACGGUUAAGCCCAAGUUGAAGACCACGAGAAAAACCACUACAACUCCGAAACCUACUACUCCAAAACCCACAACUCCGAAACCUUCAACUCCAAAACCCACCACUCCAAAAUCGUCAACAACAAAACCCACAACUCCUAAACCUCCGACUGCGAAGCCCACAACUUCGAAACCAACCACUCCAAAGCCAACAACUCAAAAACCUACAACUCCGAAACCUUCCAAUCCGAAACCAACUACUACUACAACAACCACCACAACAACAACCACUAUACGAACCACCGACAAACCAAAAUUUAAGCCAAAGCCUAAGCCCUACAUUACAAGCACUCCAAAACCUCUGGUAAUCAAGACGAACCCCAGUAUUUUGGAAGCUGAACCUCUGGACACCAGUGGUGAACCCACAUUGCCACCCAGUCUUCCCAACUUAAAAAUAAUACCCUUCCUGCCAACCGAUGCUGUGGAAACGGUUCUUAAGGAGAACUAUACGCCCAACUUCUACCAGCAGAAGGUGGCCUCAGAUAAAAUGGAUGUGGUUGGGUAUGAUAGCAUAGAUGAUUCGGUAGCUCUAUUCUCGCAAUCCCAGCCGGAUCAGGCUGCCUAUAAGUACAAGUUCAAUGUGGAAGUGCCAGCGGUGGAAUCCGCACCAGAACCAGUUGUUCAUGUGGGUGGUAAAUAUGAAGGCAGUGCGGCUUACGUAAACUUCGAUUUCGAUCGGCCGGUGGUGCCGCCCGCUCACAAUGGAUUCUCACCUCCCACCGAAACAGAGGGGGGCUUCAUGCCCAAGGAACCACUCGUUAUCGAUGGGGAAGUCCUUCAGGAACAUGUCACCUCAAGUGGAAUCAACGGGCCGGUUGAUAACUUCCAUGUGACGCAACACAUUGUCGAUAUCACAACAUCGGGGGCACAGGCAAACGAUACUGCUUCGAUAGAAAUCACCACACCCGAUCCAUUUAAAGAUGUCAUACACACAGAGCCGUCGCCCAAUCUCGAUGAAUUAAUCGUUGACAAGGCGAACAAGAAGCCGAUUGAAGAGCAUAUCGAGACUGUCACUUACAGUGUUAGCAACUCAACGGCAUCCUUCAUAUCGUCAUCUACCAGCAGCACAACAACAACAACAACGGCAGCAACAGCAACAAAAGCAGCAACAACGGAAAAGGAAACCCCCUUGAUAGAUAAAUAUGAAAUCAAUAAAUUAGAUAAGCUCUUGGAUGAGCUGCUUGGCAUGGAGUUGUCCAAAGAAGAAGUAGUGAGCAGCACAGUGCCGGCAUUUAAGCAACUGCCAACGGCAACACCAACAACAGCAGUAGCAACAACAGCAACAGCAGCAACAACGACGACAAACACGCCAGCAACAUCAACCGCAGGUCGGCCACCAGCGACAACACGUGCCCCGGCCAAAAAGGGAAAUAGUAAAACGAAAAACAAACAGACCAACGGCAAUAGACGCAAAGUCCAGAGUGCCACGCGACGGCAGAGCACGGCGGCAACCACUAGAGCUCCACCAGCAACAACGGCAUCAUCUGCGGCAACAACCACGGGGCAGACCACAACAACAACGAGCGGCACUCUGCAUCCAUUUUUAAACUCACCGUUCGACAAAUUGCCCUUCAUGGAUACCAGCUAUGAGGUAAGACCACACCGAUUGCAGCCGCAGCAGCAGGCGUUGCAGGCAUCGCAGCAACAGCAGCAACAUGAGCAGCCACCGCAGCAAUUCCACCAUUACCAACAUGCAACACGACCGCCGACAACCGCCCCACCAGCAUCAUCCCCGGAGGAUGUUGCUCAGGGAUUGGAUGCGGGUUCGGGUUCGGGGGAAAGGAAGGGAGCUGGAGGAGCAGCAGGAAUUCUAGGGGGCGAUGAUCCCCUCGGUCAGUUGAAAUUGGCGGGCUGCAACAUUUACGGACGCAUGUAUCGGGUGGGUCGGAUUAUAGUGGAAUUAUCCAGCCAGUGCCUGGAAUGCAAGUGCACCGAGGUGGGCGUCAAGUGCGGCCCAUUAGACUGUUAAUUUAGAUAUCCUCCAUGAUCGUUGUCCCCCAGGGAGUGUAUAGAGGUUAAGUGUCAGUUCGUAGCAGUAGUUCGUAGCUUGCAUGCUAAUCCCUAGCUGUAACUAACUAAGGGGUAGUUUAGGCCUUUUUAGACACUAAGUUGUAUUAUAGAUAAUUACAAUGAUUUCUUUGAAAACAUAACAUAAGAUACACUGCACGGCAUUUAUAACAUAUAUUAAUUAAGGUUAUAAU